AUUUGGGAGACUGUACUUGUGGAAUUACUUGUGAUGUGAUUUUUUUAGAUCACAGGAUAUAUUCUAUUUUCCUAGAGAAAAUAAGAUUUACCAUGAGAACUGUGUCAAAAUACUACGUUGCUCUUUGUGCUUAAGCCUUCGUACAAUUGUGGAAAUAAUAUAAUCACCAAAAUGGAAAGUCAUUCAGAAGCUAUGAACCCAGCUGAUGUAUCAGGGAAAAGGAAUCCUUUUGAAGAGCUGAGCAAGGAUGAACUGGUAUUGAAAUGCAAGGCUUUACUUGCUAUAGCCCAAAAGGCUAAGCAAGCCAAAACAGAAAUGCAAAAUGAAGUUGAGAGUUACAAAUUACAACUGGAUAAGUGUGAAACAGAAAAAAAAGUUAACUUGGACAGCCUUCAUACUCUCCAGGAACUUGUUGAUUCUUUGACUGAACAAAAACUAAAUUAUAUAACAGAAGUUGAUUCAGCUAAGGGAAAAAUUAAAACAUUAACUAUCAAAUGCAAAGACUAUGAGGAGGAAAUAAAUAAAUACAAAACAGAUGUUAUUGUUAGAGAUAAAAAUCUUGCAGAUACAGCACAAAAGUUGUCCGAUCUUGACAGUGAAAUUAUAUCUUUGAAGAGACAAAACAACAGGCUCUUAGAGGAAAAUGAACAACUUAUCAAUCAACUUUCUGAACUGGAAGCUCAAACAGUUGAGUUCAACAAUAUUGGUUUGGAGCAAAGAAAGCAACUACAAAUGCUUGAGGAUAAGGUUUAUUCAGAAGAAGAAUCUAAAAAUGUUAUAGAAAAUCUAAACAAACGAAUCAAAGAGUUGGAGGAUGAUUUGAAAGCUGCUUUGGAUACUAAGGAAAAUAAUACUAAUUCUGAUUAUGAAAAUAAGAUUAAAGAAAUAACACAGUUGUAUGAGUCUGAAAAAAAUAAGAAAGAAAGAGCUAAUAUCAAAUUGCGCAGUUAUAAAGAUAGAAUACUUAAAUGUGCUACAUGUAUUAAUCAACUUAAAAAUUCCAGAUUUAUUCUUACUAAAACUAUAAAAGAAUAUUCUGAAAACAUCCCAAAAUGGCAAAAUGAUAUCAUUAAGGCUUCUAAGGUUUUAGAUGACCAAUUAAAUGAAUUAAAUAAUGAGAACUCAGCAUUAAAAAGAAAAGUACUGGAAUUAGAAAACAGAUUAAAAUCUGAACAAAAUGACACCCAGUUUGCAGAACUGCAGACUGAAAAUACUGCUCUUAAAGAGAAGCUCAAUGAUAUGGAACAAUCAAAAGCAUUAUCAGAUGAAAUGUUAGAAAAGCAAAUAUCUCAGGUAUCAGAAUUAAAGGACAGUCAUUCAAUAUUGCAAUCAGAGUUAUCUGAUUUACAAGCUCAAAUGAAUAACACUCUGAAGGGCAAAUCUUUACUUAGUGAUGAGCUUGAUAAAUUGAAAGCAAUGUAUCAAGAUUUAAAUCAAGUCGAAUCACAGAGGCAGAUUGAUGAAAAUAAAAUUAUUUUACUAACAGCGCAGAUAAAUGAAAUGCAAAACAAAUAUGAAUCAUCAGUCCAAAAAGUCAGUGAACUAUCCAGUUUAGUGGAUAAACUGGAAAAUGAAAAUCAAGACAUUAAAAAAUCAAUGAAUACAGCAGUAAACACAGAAUUUGUGGAAAAUUUGCAAUUGCAAAUGAAGGCUUUGGAAAGUGAAAAGUCAAUGUUGGUCAAAGAAAAACUUAAUGCAAGGGACAAUGUUAUUGAACUUGAAAAUCGUAAUAAAAUAUUAUCCGAUCAACUGGAGAAGUUGAAAUCAGAUUUGCAAGAAACUAAAGCACAAUAUGACAGAUUACAGCAAGAAAAAACUGUCUUAGAAAAAAAAUAUAAAUCUGAAAAAGAGAGUGAAACUACUAACUUCAAGUGUAACAUGAUGGUCCUUCAAGAACAAUAUGACUUAUUAAAAAAAGAACAUGAUAACUUGCAAGAUUUGAAUGGGUUACUAAAAGAGGAAGUGGAUACACUUAAACUCUCAUUAGAACAACCUAGACCUGAUGAUAAUGAAAAUUUGUCAGACCUUAAUGUUUCUCUGCAAGCUGACAUAGUAAAACUGGAAACAAAACUGUCAGCUUACAAGCAAGAGAAUGCAUCUCUCCUUGCAGAAGUCAAAGAAUCUCGCGCCAAAGUAAAAGAAUUCGAUAAUCUCGCUGCAGAAUAUGACGAUGCAAAAUCCAAACUCUCAGGUUACAAAACUGAAAAUACAGAAUUAUUAAAUGAAAUGAAAGAAAUAAAUCAAGUGCUGAAAGAACGAGGCGAGUCCAUUUCAAAAUUACAAAAAGCAAUAGCAGAAAUGGAGAGACUAGUUGAAACCUUAGAAAAAGACAGAGUUAUAAUAAAUCAAGAAAAAGAAGACCUGCAGAAAAAAGUUUCCGUUUUAGAAAGUGAUCUACAGAACGCCGAACAAAAUACAAACAAGACACAGUCAGAAGCUGCAAACCAUCUUAUUGAAAAGGCAAACGCAAUGAAAUCCCUAGAAGAGAAAGAAGCGGUAAUUGCUUCAUUAAGAGAAGAAAUAGAUAGACUGAAGCAGCAACAGUCUACAACUUCAGAACUUCCAAACGAAGAUAUGUCUACGUCUACAAUCUCAAAAGCAGAAGAACACUCUAGAAUGAAAGAUUUAGAUGAAACAUUUGAGGAAAAAUACACGAAACUCAGACUAUUUGCAUUAAAACUCAAAAAGAAACUAAACGAAACUGUUAACCAGUUACAAAAUGCAGAACAAGAUAAAGCAAAACUUGAAAAGCUUCUAAAUGAUAACGAAAAAGUAUCACUGCCAAGUAGUAGUGAUGAAGUAGAUGGAUGUAAGGGAUCCGAAAUUUCCGAUCUUCAAGCAAAAAUUGUGUCUUUAACUGCAGCCGUUGAGGCUUCAGAAAACGUUACAGCUGAGUUGGAGAAGUUGAAAACGGAAUUGGAGACUAAGACUCAACAAUUAACCGCCGAAGUUGAAGCUCAUAAGAUAACAAAAGAUAAUUUAGAGAAAGCUCGUCGUGAUGCUAAAAAGAAAAAUGUUUUAAGUUUAGAGAUGGAAGACUAUGAGAGGUCUAUGAAAGAACUCACAUCAAAAAUGGAAGAAAAGAAAAAGAAGAUGGUGCAGAUGGAGUCCACAAUUGAUACCCAAGAAGGCACAAUAACUGCAAUGAAAACUCAAAUAAAAUUACUGGAAGAUCAAAUCAAGGCAGAAGAAACUCAGAUAAGACUGACUAAAGAAGAGCUGCAACGUGCUAUAGAGGAGGGGAAAGAGAAGGACGAUGUGAUUCAAAAUAAAAAUUCUGUUAUUUCAAAAUUAGAACAAGAUUUAGAAGACGAAAAAAGAAAGAAUGAAGAGGCCGAUUUGGAAAUGACCGCCGUUCUGAGCGAAAAAGAAAAAGUAAUAAUGAGCUUGGGUGAUGAAAAAAUAGAGUUGAACAACAAAGUUAAGAGAUUAGAGUUCAAAUGUGCAGAACUCAAUGAAACAUUGAGGAUUACGAAUAUUGAACUGGCAGAUUUGAAGACGGAAUAUACAAGUUACAAGGUAAGAGCUCAAGCUGUGCUUCGCCAGAACCAAACUGUGGACCAUAGUCAGGAAGAACAACUGAAAGAAGAAACUGCUGCUCUUAGGGCUCAAAUUGAGGCGAUAACAGCCAAACUUACCACUGCACAGGAGCAGUGCUCUGAAUUGACCAGCGAAGUAGAGGCGGCACGGCGACGCGCAGCAGAGGCGUCUGGCGAAGCGGCGCGCGCGCACCAGCGCACCGCACGUCUGCAGGCCGACCUUACGCGCUUGUCACAUCAGCUAGACUCAGAGCGCGCACAGCAUAAUCUACAGGUCUCAACAUUAACACAAUGUUACAAAACUCAAAUCAGCGAUUUGGAAUCAAAACUGCAGAAGGAAACUGAGCUUCUCAAAAAGCAGCUAGUGGCAGCUCAAGAGGCUGCCAAAACGGUUCCUGGCAACCUGAGGCUGGACGAAGCGAACCACAACCAGUACAUGUUGCCGGUUAUACCGAAAGAAGAAGGCAGCGAUGGUGAAAUGGACAUCAAUGUUUCUAUGAUACCUAGAGAAGAGGGAGAGGGUUCAGAGUCAGCCCCCUCGCCACCUCCAUCUAAGCCGUACUUAACGGGAGCUAGCGGGCGAUCGCCCGUGUCCCUGGAACGCUUGCUUGAAGAGGGAGUCCCGGAUGAUGAGGCGCUGGAUGCUACAAGCCUAGCUCUCACGCCGGAGCAGGAGAUCUCCGAUCUGAGAAGACGACUGGGUACACAACAGCAGAGAGUGAAGCACGUGACAGUCCUCCUGGCGGAGUCUGAGCGCGAGUGCGCGCGCAUGGCGCAGCUGAGCGAGCUGCUCAAGGCCGAGCUGCGGCGCGCGCACGGCUCCACGCACGGCGCGCACAACGCUGAGUACAUGAAGAACGUCACGCUCAAGUUCCUGACGCUCCCGCCUGGAGACGAGCGCAGCCGCCUCGUUCCCGUGCUGCAGAAGAUCCUGACCCUCACGCCUGAUGAGACCAACAAGGUCCACGCUGUAGCUAAGGGAUUGGAUCCGAAUCCAAGUAAAGGCUGGGGAAGCUAUCUGCCGUGGCCCGGUGGAAAAUGAUUCGUGAUAUAACAUGUUUAAGAUAGACUGUGAUUAAAUUAUACAGCGUGUUUUUGAGAUGGAACAACGGGAUCCCCACGUACGAAGUCGCGGGCGGCCGCUAGUUGAUAAUAAGGCUGCGGACCAUACGUUAAGAAAUAAUGCCCUAAUAGAAUACCUGCGUAAUGGUAUUUUCACAUUGUCAAACCUAUUUGUAUUGUUUCAAUGACCCUCCCAUCGAGUGAUUAAGGGUUUUCAUCAUCUCAAAACCAGCCUGUACAAUAUUUUAUUAAAUUACAUUUUGGUCAUGCAUAAUGGUGCAUUUUAUAAAAAUCAGUGUUCUUACGUGAAUCUGUCAAAAGUCGUAAAAGUAUUAAUAACAUCAAAGUUUCCAAUCAAACAACCUCAAUCUAAUAAUUCUAAUAAUAGUUUCACUUUAAUUAUGUAGAUUUAAUUGCGUCUAUCAAGUUAAUUUUAUAAAAGUUAGGUACAUUUGACAUAAUGUUUUUGGAAAAAUACAUUUAUACAUAUUAAAUGUGUCUGCGGUUUAAGCAAUUACUUGUAUUGUUGUCACAUAAAAGUUAAUUGAAAACAUAUUUUCUUUUCUAUUAUGUUCAUUAUAAACUUGUUUGCAAAUAUUGCUACUAAAUAUAAUUAUAAACAACAUUCCAAAAUCUUACUGCAACACCCGCUCGCGAACGCUAAUUAAGUUUUACUUAACUACAGGUACCUACCUAAUAUUUUCGAGUCUUUGAUAACUAUCUAUUUUUAUUAUUUAAGAUGCUCAAACACUUGACGCAGUGUUUUUUACUUUAGAGUUGCAUUGAGCUUAUUAAGCAAUUUAUUUUUAAAAUAGCAUUCGUUGUUCUUGUUUACGAAAUACGUCGCUACAUUUUGUUCACAUUCCACUUUAUAAUAUGCAUAUUACCCAAAGCAAGAUCGACAUGUAGGAGGAUUAAAACUUACUAUAGAUUCCCCUACGAUCUUUACUUCACUUCAACCAUAUAAAGCGGUUCUCUGAAAACAUCUAAACCCCUCGCGGUUUGUAUACUGUGAACAAGCAAUACCACUCUGCAGUGCUUGCGAAUCAAUUGUUUAAUUCUAUACAAACAUUUAUAAUGAGCCAUUCAUUUUUA